GGCACUUCAAUAGUGCAUCAAAAGCGAAAGCUACCCUAAUGAUGAAAAUUGCGGUCGAGCCGUCUGAAUGUCUUGCGCUGGUCGGGAUAUGACUUAUAAGACCAUCCAGCCGGGCUCCCAGGCAGCACACACAGCGCCAGGUCUCUCUCCCAGUCCAUCUUCCACGCCUGCAGCUACAGGCCGCCAAGACUUCCAAUCAAUAUGCGUUCCUCCAUUCUUGCCUUCCUGCCUGCUCUAGCCGCGGCUGCUGACUUUCAGAUUACCAGCUGGCUCUGCACACCACUUCUUGACCCCACCGAGGGCCAGGAGCAUUUGAGCGUGCGGGAUGCCGGCGAGACUGGCUGCGCUGGCUAUAUUCUCAAUGAACACGAUGACGGUUCGUACGCGGGGGCCUUCAGCGGCAAUGAGAACUCAAAUACUACUUUCAUCUUCACGGAGGAACCCAAUCCUCGCUUCACGGCCAAUUUCUCAGAUUACGUUCGGCCCGGUACCUGCACCCCGGCCCUCGCGUAUGAUGUCUGCAAGACGUUGUCAGCUGCCUGUUCCAUUACCAUCUUAUGGGACUGUUCCUACGGCGUUGAAGCCCAUCAAACACAGCCACAAAAAAGACAGCAAAGCGUCAAGGUGAUGGUAGCUGGAGAUUCGAUCUCACACGGGAUGGACGGUGACUGGACCUGGCGUUGGCGUCUUUUUGCUUGGCUGCAGCUAAGUUACAACGUCAACUUCGUCGGACCGUGGGUUGGCACACACGGAGUGAUGCUGCCCGAAGCCGCUGUGCCGCAGCCACCCGUCUUGCCGGGAGAGUCUCCUCUUCAGUUUCCAGAUGUCGUGGGCGUCUAUGCUGACGGGGUGCCGAAUUCGUUCACCUCCACGGGCCAUGCUUCGUUCUGGGGCCGGCAGGUGGCGCAGACAAAGGAUACCAUCAAAGGCUGGGUCGCGGAGUACCAGCCAGAUUACCUCCUUAUCCUGCUUGGCUUCAACGACCUGGGUUGGUUUGUUAGUGGCCCUGAAGACCUAGUCGGCAAUAUGGGGCAACUAGUAGAGAACGCGCGCGCGGCCAAGCCAGAUGUCAAGAUCCUCCUGGGCAACGUCGUGCACCGUAAAUUCCUCAAGGGCCGCCAAGACCUUGUUGACAACACAAACAGGUAUAAUCAGCUCCUGCGCGACAGGUACCCAAGCUGGUUCCGAUGGGAGUCUCCCAUCUCGUACGUUGAUGUUAAUGCCAACUACAACUGCCACCCUGAAAGCUGUCCUGACGGCUAUGAUGGACUGCAUCCUAAUUCAAUAGGGGAGUAUCAUAUUGCGCAGGCUUUUGCUCGCAGCCUCAAGGCCGACUUUGGAUUUCAGGGUCCAGACUUCGUGGUGCCGGCCAACCCUGAGCCGAGGAUUAUUAGCACGCCGGCCGGUGUGCAAACCUUCUCACACCCAGAGGGCUUGUACACAACCUGGAAGAAGGUCCCAAACGCUCGAGGCUAUGACAUACGCUCUCGACUCCAGGGAAUGACUGGUUGGUGGUCUGAGGGCCAGGUCUACCCCAGCACUUAUGCCAGCUGGACCACAUGGCUGGGAGAUGGGCAGACGUGGGAGUUCCAGGUCCGCACCCGAGGCGACAAUGACGACAUCUCCAGCUGGUCAGAACUCGCUACAGCUAAAACUCACUUGCAGACCUCUCCGGGGCCCCCAAACAUUGUGACAGUACCUUCCGGAGACGGUAUCCGCAUCUCCUGGGGGCCUGUUACCGGGUACAGCGUCAACCGGUACGGAGUCAUCAUAUGGGAUAAGGACACCGAGGGCGCUUUCAUUGAGACACGCGCCGUGUCAGGGACGAGCCUCUUUAUUGGCGGGUUGAUCUCCGGGCACCGCUACGGAACUUGGGUAGCUACCUACGUCAAUAUGCAGAGCAGCUUAACAGGGCAACCCUAUGCAGCGGGAGGCUUGCCAGCGGCUGGGAGGGAGGUGAUCAUUGGCUCAUUCUCGCCCUCGCCGCCUACAAACCUUCGUGUCACCAACACUGACGCCACAACCGUGCAACUCAGCUGGAGCCCCUCAGAGGGCGUCACGGGCUACGCCAUCUAUGUCCGGAGUGUAAAAGACAAGACAGCCUUUAACGUGGACGGGACAACGACCGGUACAGCGUACGGCGUAGGGUUCCUAUUCCCUGGGACCUGGAACUUUGAGUUCUGUAUUGCCUCAUAUAACGGGAACCUUGAGAGCCCGCACAGUAGUUGCAUCAUCCCACCGGUCUAUGAAGUUCCCACCAUUCCCAAUCCCAACCCCAAGGGCAACAUCAAGCUCACCUUCUCGGACGAAACUAUCAAUAUCGGCACCAUUAAGAUUGGCGACAUCACUGACAAGCUGAAUAAGGUCUGCUCCACCCAAGGCCAAUGUGACACCAGCCCCUUUACCCUUAAUGGUCAACUUGUCGAGUCCGGCCUUGGUGGCAGUGUUAACGACUUAAUCUUGACCGUCAAUCCAUCUGGGGCUUAUCCAACAUGGAUUCACAAUGGCCUAAUAGACACACUGUAUGCAGCUGUCACAACACUGGCAGACUGCUACCAGGUGACUAAUACGCCAACAUGUCCAUCUCCAAUGACUUAUUGUCCUUCAAAGCCAUUUACUGUCACAGAGUGCAAGGUGCCCCAGUACUGGGGUAUCAACUAUCAGGAUCCCAGUGAGGCUAACGCAGCCCCACCAUUUAUUGGAGCUGAUAUGAAUAUUGUGGUGGAUGCUGGUGGAUUUUGUACAAAGAUGUUGACUGCCUUCGGUGCUGUUGCUAGUGCUGUGAAUGGAGCUGCAGGUGGAGUUUUCACACUCUUGAGUUUGGCUUGCAAGGAUUAAUAAAUGGGAUUUGGGUGUUUCACAUGGAAGAAAUGCAGAGCAAUGACAAAAAUGUUGGAGCUACCCAUCUGUUCUAGACAUCUCCAUUGUAUGGAGCUAGCUACAUUGGCCUAUAUAAUUUUCUUAGCUCAGUUAUCGAUCUACAUAUUCAGCUCCAUAUGAUCACGAAUC